UUUGUGGAUGAUUUCUGUGGGGACUAGGGAUGCAAGGAAGGGGAUAGAAUUAGGGUUUGCAGGUAGGAUAGAGAUGGAGGAUACUGAGCUUGAAGAAGGCGAAGCUUGCUCUUCCCACAUCAAUGAAUACGAUUCCAACAUCGAUGUCGAUGUUGCUCUCUCUUACAUCGAUGAUAAAAUUCAGGAUGUUUUGGGACACUUCCAGAAAGAAUUUGAAGGUGGAGUUUCUGCGGAGAAUUUGGGGGCAAAGUGGGGUGGGUAUGGCUCAUUUUUACCUUCCUAUCAGAGGUCUCCAGUGUCGUCUCAUCCAAAGACUCCGCAAAAAGUUCAGAACUGCAGCUUACUCAAAUCUCCCAACAAUUUGAAACUUGAGGCUGGUCAACGUAACAACGCAGUUUGUUAUAAUACACCUCAGUCAGUGGGAGUUGGACCUGCUUCUACAGGUUCCACUUCGCUUGUUGCACCAAAGGCACCCUCAGCAAAUGAUCCAGUCAAACAAGAAGGAAGUGUGUCAUUAAUUCAAGCUGACCAGUACGCUCCUCGGCAUGAAUCUGCAAACAAGAAAGAUAUUAAUUCAUCAGACCAGAAAACACUGAAGGUGCGACUUAAAGUGGGAUCGGAUAACUUGUCAACACGAAAAAAUGCUAUCUACAGUGGGCUUGGUCUUGAUGCCACAUCGUCUUCCUCAGUAGAUGAUAGCCCUUCCGAGAGUGAAGGGAUAUCUCAUGAGCCUCAAGAUGCCCCAUUUGAAUCUCCCACCAGUAUUCUUCAGAUUAUGACUUCCUUUCCCAUGCAUGAGGAUAUGAUGUCACCUCUUCACGAUGACCUCAUUUACUUAAUUGAAAGGAAAAGCUCCUAAAAGAGGGUAGAGUGAAUGGAAAUCAUACCAUGGAGGGAGGUGGGAAAGUGUCAGGAUCGAGGAAAACAAAAUCGGUUGAAAGAAAUGAU